AUGAGAUAUAUGGGAAAUCAAUUAGAUUCUAAACUUCGUAUAGUUGCUAUGGCCACUUCUUUAAUGAAUGCUCGUGAUAUUACACAUUGGUUAGGUUGUGAACAGAAUUAUAAUUUCCCUCCAAACGCGAGACCCGUUGCUUUGGAUUUACGUAUUGAUGGUUUUAAUCUUUCGCACACCCCAACACGUUUGUCUGCAAUGGUACGUCCUGUAUAUUCAGCAAUUUUACGUCAUGGUGGAAAAUUAGAACCUAAACCAGUUUUAAUCUUUGUUCCAAAUCGUCGUUUAACACGUUCAUUGGCAGUAGAUUUAUUAACAUAUGCUUUGGCUGAUAGACAAGAAAAUCGUUUUUUACAUAUGAAUCCAGAAGAAGAUGUUUUUGCAAAUUUGGUUGAUCGUUUAAAUGAUGAAUCUUUAAAAGAAACAAUAAAAAGAGGUGUUGGAUUUUUACAUGAAGGAACAACUAAUUUUGAUUCUGAAAGUGUACAAAAUUUGUUUAAUAGUGGAGCAAUACAGAUUUGUAUAGUUCCAUAUACAAUGUGUUAUCAAAUCCAAAUGCGUGCAUUCUUGGUAAUUCUAAUGGAUACACAAUUUUAUAAUGGAAAACAUAAUGCUUAUGAAGAUUAUCCAAUUGGUGAUGUUUUACAUAUGGUUGGAUUAGCUAAUUUACAGAGAAGAAAUGAUGAAGGUGCUUGUCAAUGUGUUUUAAUGUGUCAAUCAUCAAAAAAAGAUUUUUAUAAAAAAUUUCUAUUUGAACCUUUACCUGUUGAAUCUCAUUUGGAUCAUUGCUUACAUGAUCAUUUUAAUGCUGAAAUUGUUACAAAAACUAUAGAAAAUAAACAGGAUGCAAUAGAUUAUUUAACCUGGACUUUGUUAUAUCGUCGAAUGACACAAAAUCCGAAUUAUUAUAAUUUACAUGGAACAAGUCAUCGACAUUUAUCAGAUAGUUUAUCAGAUUUGGUUGAAUCAACAUUAAAAGAUUUGGAAAAUAGUAAUUGUAUAACUGUUAAAGAUGAAAUGCAUACAAAUCCUUUAAAUUUGGGAAUGAUUGCUGCAUAUUAUUAUGUUAGCUACACAACUAUUGAAUUGCUCUCACUUUCAUUAAAACCAAAGACCAAAUUGCGUGCAAUAAUUGAAAUUAUUUCAAAUGCAACAGAAUUUUCAUCAUUACCAGUUCGUCACAAAGAGGAAGUAACACUUAAAAAAUUGGCUGAUCGACUUCAAGGACAAGUUAAAAAUCAAAAAUGGAAUAGUCCACAUGUUAAAGUCAAUCUUUUACUUCAUGCCCAUUUAUCUCGAAUUCAUUUAACUGCUGAAUUAAGCAAAGAUACUGAUUGGGUUGUAUUGAAAUCUGUAAAAUUAGUACAAGCAUGUGUUGAUGUUUUGUCAAGUAAUGGAUGGUUAUCACCAGCAAUACAUGCAAUGGAAUUAUCACAAAUGUUAUCACAAGCAAUGUAUUCAAAUGAAUCUUAUAUGAAACAAUUACCUCAUUGUUCUCCUGAAUUGUUAGAAAGAUGUAAAGAAAAGAAAGUUGAAUCUAUAUUUGAAUUACUCGAAUUAAACGAUGAAGAUCGUGAUGAAAUUUUACAAAUGAAUCAGGCACAAUUAACUGAUGUUGCUAUAUUUUGUAAUAAUUAUCCAAGUAUUGAAGUUAAACAUGAACUUGUUAGUCAAAAAGCAAAUAUAGGACAACCAGUUGAAAUAAGAAUAGAACUUGAACGUGAAAACGAUGAAAAUGGUUUUGCACCACCAGUUGUAGCUCCAUUCUUUCCCCGUUAUCCUUAUCCUGCUGGUCGUGUCCCAUUUUAUUCACGUAAUUAUGUUCCAGAAAAUUUGGAAGAAGGAUGGUAUUUAGUUGUUGGUGAUCCUUUGAAUAAUCAAUUGCUUUCAAUUAAACGACUGACAGUAAAUAUAAAAGCACAACAUGUUCUUGAUUUUGUCCCAACAAUAUCUUCACAAAAAGCAAAUUAUAAAUUAUAUUUUAUUUGUGAUUCAUAUUUGGGUGCUGACCAAGAAUUUGAUCUUCCUUUGCGUGUUUCUGAGUCUUCAAGCUCGGCAACAACUGAAAAGGAUGGCGGAGGAGGAGGAAGAUCUUCUGAUCGCAAACGAAAACACGAAGAUGUUAAGGAUGCUAAAUAA